AUGAGUCCACUAGAGAACCUCAACUCAAAUGUGCUAGACAGACUCAUCCACAAUCUUUCCACAGUGUACACAUCGCCCAACCUUCUCAUAAUAGACCGCCUUGUGGCUCCAAUUGUUGAUUUUUUGACGACAAUUCUGAAAUUACGAUCGCUGGCCAAAUUCGAUAAUCUUGUUUACUUGGAUAGUCCGCUCGAUAAAGACACCUUGAACCAGUACAAGGGCCUCAUAUUGAUCCUCGAGAGUUCGAACAAGGCCGCAAAUGAAGUUUUUGAGCUUCUGAAGAAAUUUCCAACGAAAAAGAUCCAUGUCAUUGUCAAGGAUAUGACACGACUGUUUGUGUAUAACAUCAGUAACUUGUUGAAAGGAUCCGUGACUUUCGAGUCGCUUGCGUUGAAUCCUAAUAUCGAUAAACCGUUCAGAAUAAAUUCGAAUAUAAGGGUAUGUCGCUGGUCGGUGUCACCUUUGGUUGUGGAUGAUAAAGUGUUAUCGCUUGAAAUGCGUUAUGGUGGGUUUCAGAGCUAUAUGUUUGAGCCAAUUGAGCAGAUAUCUCGGCUUUCCGACUCGUUUUUGGCACUUUUGAACGAAUUUUCAGGGAAAAAUAUGCUAAAAGUCAAAAACUAUUUCGGUAAAGGAGACCAUGCUGCUCUCUUGAUAUCCAUGAUUAAAGAGGAAAAAAUACGCCAGUACUUGGCCACCACCAUGAACCCACUACAGCAAGAAUUCUACUUGAAUAAGUACCCAGGAAAUACCGAUGUGGUGGUUUUGGAACGUAAUCUCGACUUGACCUCGGUCGCAUUGAACCAAUUGAACUACCAGGGCCUCAUAGAUGAUCUUUUCACAUUAAGAUUGAACGAAGUGACGGUGCUGGGCACCAAAUACCUCAUGAAAGACGACUUGUAUCGAGACAUCAAGCACCUUAACUUUGCCUCGAUUGGACCCAAACUCAAUCAAUUGGCACGGUUGGUGCAAGAGCAGUACAAACAAAAAGACAACCUUUCAGACAUCUCGGAGAUCCGAAAAUUGGUCAAUAAUUUGGGAAGUUUGACGUCGAAGCAGGAUCUUAUCAAGAAACACACCACUAUAUCGGAAGCGAUACUCAGCUACAUCAAAUACGGCACUGUGGACGAAACACCCACCACUGAAACUGGUCAAAAGUACAACCAGUACGAGCAGUAUAUCGAGUUUGAAAAUGAGGUUUUCGACAUGGAAUAUAAAGCUCUGGUUUCCAAGAUCAAGCAGUUCAUCACCGAGGCUUUUGACAUGUAUUUAGUGACAUCGCUGGUGAUUCUCGUAUCGAUUGUGAACGAUGGCAUCAAGGAGAAGGACUACGAUCAGAUCCACAGCAAGGCUUUUGAAAACUUUGGCAUAGAAGUGUCCUUAUUGUGGGAGUCCAUGGCUUCCAGAGGAAUAUUCAAAGUCUCCAAAAGUGGACCGAGCGAUUUCUUUGGGGCAUUUUCAGGAUUUGGGAUUAGCUCGAGUCAACCCAAGUCACCAGAGCCAAUCGAUGAGGACAAAUAUUCUCGAACUUUGGGCAUUUCUGGAGGUCAAUGGACUCAGCGCAGCAACUACUCACUCAUAAACAAGUUUUGGAACCUCCAUCCACUCUUAGAGGAAGAAGAAAGUACCAAGAGAACCGGAGAUUUGGUAGACGAAUACCCACAUCCUUCGUUCGCCUUACCAGGAAACACAGUACCCAUUCUCGUUCGACUAGUGGAAGCGCUAUACUCUCGGAAGUUCCUCAAAUAUAAACCCGUUAACAAUGUGAGUCGGAGAUGCAAUUGGGACGGAUUACAGAUGGAUACCAUGUUUGAAGGUAAAACGGUGGAUAUCAAUGUAUGCGAUUCACUGGAUAGUAAAAGAAGUGAACCCAGUACCAAGGGAUAUGUGGUUAUCAUUGUCAUUGGAGGUAUUACUAGAGGAGAAUUAAGCUGUCUCAAGUACUUGGAGCAGCAGCUACGGUCGCAGGGACAAGAAAAAGAGUUUAUUAUAGUUACAAGUGGAACAGUCAACCAGCGGAAAAUGAUCGAAGCAAUCAAGAGUUUGGACUAG